AAUCUCCCCCAAAUUCCUAAUUCCUACCGCCCCUGCACACUGUAAAACAGUAGUAAGCCGACCUGCUGUCCCAGUAAUUAUCCUCUUGGCUUGUCUCAUCUCUUCCUCCCCCGAGCUGUUUUUUCUCUUUGUCUUCUUUUCUUUCUCUCUUCUGCAUGCGCAAUUUCCAUCGACAAGCUUCCGCAUAGCUUCCCAAUUGCCAUCGUCUCGUCGCGUCCUUCGUCAUCCUUUACCAUCGACGCGUCUAAAAAGACUCUCCUGAGCAGUCUCCCUUUUGCCUCGACCGACCGAACAAGACAUCAUGCGCUUCUCUAUUGCCGCCGGCACCAUUGCCCUCUGCGGCUCUGCCAUUGCUGUCCCGGCUCCUGAUGCCCCAAAGCCAACAACUCCUCCCGUUCUCGUUGGCCGUGAUGGUGACGAUCGUACUUGGGUCUCUGUCAUUGUUGGUGGCAACGACAGAGAGCUCACCACAAUGACUCCUCACGUCACUACGGUCAAUGGCAAUGUCACCACCGAAAACCCUCUUCCCUACAGCUUGACUGGCACUGUGUAUACAUACCUCUCAUACGCAAAGUCCAUCACAAGCACAGGUCCUCCUCCCAAUCCCACGGCCUCCAAUGGCGACGGUACUGGCGCGUACUUUGAGCGAUGCCACAAUCUUACCGGCCCCAUCUGCAAGCCUUCUCCCGACCAUGCCUUGGAGCUGGGACACACAUAUAUUGUGACUUGGGACCCUGACUACGACUUCUUCAAGAAUGGUGCCGACCUCCCAGCGAAUGAUACCAGCGCUACAAACAGCACCGCCAAACCGACCAUUAACGAUAUCAAAAUCGGCGUCCGCCUCCAAUCGUGGAAUAUGACCACCAAGGCCUGGGACAGGGUCUCGACCUCUGACGCCAAAUCUAAUGUCACUUCUGGCUUCGCUCUCAUCAAUUCAAAAGAUUUCGAACAAGCCAACAAACAGGGCCUAAACGUCUCCAUUGUUCUCGCUGCCUUUCGAGGUACGAACACUGUCGACGGAGCCCAAGUCGGUGCUGUCGUUCCUCUCAUGGUCACUGCUGCAUCUCUGCCGCCUCCCCCCAAGGGCGCACUCCCCAGCGGCGCUGCUCUCUACAUUGGCCUCCCUGUCGCGUUUGGUGCCAUCGUUCUGAUUGUCAUUGGCGGCUGCAUCUGGAACCGCAAGACUCGCCGCAUUGAACUCGGUAAGCUGGUUGGCCGCAAACGCGGCUACUCGGGACGUGGCACUCGCCGCCGCAUGUUCAACGCCGACGACCACGGCGACAUCCAGCUCCACAACAACGACACUCCUGCUUACCGUGACGCCCCCGGCGAUGUCCUCCACGAUAGCGACAACUUCCACGAGACUGGCACCACCGGCGGCCGCAACGCCUUCCGCGACGAGGUUGCCCGCCAGAACAACGAGCGCCGCGGCGACUACUAAGCUGCAGUGACAAGAUGGGCCUAACACCUGAGCACGAAACGGCCGCUUGUUGAUUUCGGAGUUGGAGUAUUCAUGACAUGGGAUUUGAUUUGGCCCAAGUGCUGCUAUUGCCCGAUGAUGAUGGAGGCAAAUGCAACCUGUAAAAUGUAGUUUCAUGCAAGAUGGUUGGUUUAUGGUUUGUUUUGGAUUAGCACCAACACGUUGCAGCAGGAGGAGAAGUAUGUUGCAAUAAGAAUGCUCAUGUAUAUGAUGAAAACGAAAAUUAUGGCUACCUUUCGAUUUUACAGCUUUGGAUUGCGUAAAACACAAAACCCAACUAAUAGAACAAGCAAUCAAACCACAACAAGUAACAAAUAUCGAGCCCUGUGCAUUGUACAAACCCCGCAAAGUCAAGCAAAGAAAGAGGAAACCUAUCCCCAACGCCCAUAAUCCGUACACUGACAAACAUCAAACAUCGUAAACCAUCACGUCAUUCUACAUCUACACCGUCAGCCUCAACUCUAGCCCGCUUCUCAGGGCUCCCUUGUUCCUCAGCAUUGUCAUCGUCACCUUCCAGAGGCCUCUUCAGCUGCUCACCAUCCAGAUAUUCCUUCCUUUCCAACUCAUACGCCGCACGCAGAUCGAUCCUCUCCUCGCCCGCCUCCAGAAACGCCAUGUGCCCCGCAGGAAUCGCCGUGGCCCACGAGCACGCCUCCUCGCACGGCGCAUACAGCGCCUUGUCCCACCCAUCAUCUGCAUAGUUCUUCGCCUCGGCAAGCGUGUACCCCGUGCUGAAGCCCUCGUGGUACGCAUCCGGCAAGAUCACCAUCGUCUCACCCGGCCGCUGGUCCACUACACGGUGGUCGAUGCCCAGCUGUGUCAGUUUCUCCGGGAAUAUAAACUCGGCGCGGUGCCUCAUGAACUGCGAGCACGCCGAGUCACCGCGGCCAAGCGCCGCCUCCACAGCAGAUAUUGUCGUACACGGUGUCACGAUCCAGAUCUUGCGGCCCUUGUACAGAUGAUUCAGCGAUAGCAGGCGGUAGUCUUCGGCGUGGAUCUGGAACAUGGCGCCAAAGUGUGCUGCGGACUCGUACACAUAUGGCGUGUGAAUUCCGGGUACAAUCACUUUAGUCUGGUCAAGAAGAUCGCCCUUGAGCGGGUGUAUAGGGCUCGUCUCGGGCACGCCUGCGAGGUGUCGCUGCUGUGCGGUCCACGCUGGAACGUCGGGGCGGUAUCGAGUGUUGCGGAAUUUGCGGCCGCUGCUUUUGCGGAACAGCGUCUUCAACUUAUUCAUGGCUUCUGUAGUCGACCCUGUAAAGCCUUCUCCGUCGUCUGCUUCGUUGAAGACGCCUUCGCAGGGGAUGGUGCUGACUCGCCAGAACCUGUUCUUGCGGAUCUGGGUGACCUUGUAGCCGUUUGACGUCAGUGUGCGCGCGGGCUUGACUGGCGCAUCGUGUCUGAGUUCGUCGGGCAAGAUGAGCUUGAAGCAGCCAUCUGCCUCGGCGCCUAUGCGACGAGCAAAGGCAAGGAUGGCGGGGAAGUCGGCCCACUGGUCCUUUGUCGGGAGGAUGCGAAUGAUGCAGUGUGGUGGCUCGCCUUCGUACUCAUAGGCGAAUUCGUCGCCGUCCCCAAGGUCGCUUAGGUCCGAGUCGGAGUCGCAUGGUCGGGUCGCAGGCGACUUUGGCUGGUCAAAGACCUCGGAGACGAGGGAAAUGGGCGACGAAACUCGAGAUCGAGCCAUGGUACACCGGUGGUUGGUGCCAAACUGAAAACGAGGCUGGCUGACGUUGGGGGCCCAGUCUUUGGCAAGGUGAGAAGUGAAAUAGGGUGAGAAAAUAGAUAAUAGACAGUUAUUUAUAAUACUGCAGUGUCGCUGGACAAUUCUUACUUCAGAGCACGGCAGCAAAGUCAAGAUAAAAAGUUUAAGGUGUAGGUGAAGCCGAGGCGAAGACUGUCAGUCAGCCAAACCCGUCGGAGGGUGGGGGUGGAGAGACCCCAUUGCC